AUACAUUGUAUACAAAGUUCAGACUGGGUCAUGUGAGAAGGGGGGCUCUUAGUCAGGCGGUAAACUUUUACAUUUAGCCGAAAUACAACGUAUUUUAGUUUUCAAAAGGAAACAUGUCCUUAUCCAAAAAUCAACUGACGGUAGCCGCCGCCGAGCAACCACGACAGCCGAAAUGCACCCGGUGCCGACACCAUGGGAUCAUCGUCCCGCAGAAGGGUCACGUGAAGUGCUGCCCGUUUCUCAAAUGUGACUGCAGCAAGUGCUUUCUCAUCACACUGCGGACUCGCAUCACGGCCGUCCAGCGAAAUCUGAGAAAAGUCCAAAAUAAAGAGCAGGGUCCCCGGACCCACACUGUCAGCCUGGUGAAACAAGCGGCUGAGGGGACUUGUACCGCCUCGGCCCCGGGUGGAGGACUGUUGUGUCCCCCAACGGAUGGGGCCCCUGAGCGGGCCGCCACCACCGUCUGGAGCCCUCACGAUCCCCGGAGCAGAGCUGCCCGGGGACGAGAGAAUGUGGCCGGGAUGGACAGCGGGAAGGUGCUAUCCUUCGCUUCUCGCGAGAAAGGGCCAUGUACACCUAUCGAUGGCCCUUACUUCGGUGAAUUUGGUCAGACUGCACCUCUGCCUGUUUUUCCCUUCCCAUUCAGGAUGUCAGGUCAUUACCCCGGCUGCUACGUGCCGUGUCCAAACAUCCCGUUGAACAUGCCGUGGCCGCCACCCGUGCCUGCUGGGCUUUACAAUGAUGGCCUCCGUGGACCCCUGAUGUUCCACUACUUCCAGUCGGGCGCUGCACAUUACCCACCUUCACCAGUGCCCGGGCCUCCAGCUGAUUGCAGACAGGUCUUCUUCACUCUUCAACCGCCCCCCCUGCCAGAGGCCUUUCAGGAGGAUCUGAUGUUCAGGCAUCUCCUGCAGCCUCCCAAACACACGGAGCAGGACAUAGACGAGCUGGACUACAGCACAGUGAGAGAUAUUAUAGGGGGACUAGAUUAUAUUAUCCAGGCUAUUUCCUCCAGGUUCUUUGCAGUUUGUUGGCAAAUAUCUGUUUUUGUCCUGCUUCGUACCAAACAAACAUGGGUCGACUACAGUCCUGUUCAGAUUGCUGGCAUGAAUGUUUCUGCACGCUGUUGGUUGUGAUGUGUAGAUAUUUAUAAUUGUGGCAUUGUUCAUAAAAGGAGCCAGCUGAUGAAGCCACAAUUAAUUUGUAUUUCUAGUUUUAGAAUAAUA